GAAGAAGUACUUAUUGCACCACAAGGCCACACUGUCUGCGCAUGCGCACUAAGCCUCUAAAUGAAAGCGAAAGAAUAGUUCGACAGCGGACUACAGGCUAUAACACCACCGUAAGUAAACCCCAGAGAAAGAGAUCAGAAUCACCAACACACAGCUGUAUCUCCAUGAAGAGUGAUGUGUCUAUGGAGCCUCCUCUGAGGUUUAAAGAUGGAGACUCAUCACUUCUACACAGUAAACACAAGAGAAAGAGAUCAGAAUCACCAACACACAGCUGUAUCUCCAUGAAGAGUGAUGUGUCUAUGGUGAUUCCUUCUAACUUUAAAGAUGGAGACUCAUCACUUCUACACAGUAAACCCAAGAGAAAGAGAUCAGAAUCACCAACACACAGCUGUAUCUCCAUGAAGAGUGAUCAGUCUAUGGUGAUUCCUUCUAACUUUAAAGCUGGAGCCUCAUCACUUCUACACAGUAAACUCCAGGGAAAGAGAUCAGAAUCACCAACACACAGUUGUAGCUCCAUGAAGAGUCAUGAGCCUAUGGAUCAUCAUCUGGAGGUUAAAGCUGUAGACUCCUCACUUCUACACAGGUACGACCCAGAAUCUGCUGGUGGAAAUGAAUUCCAGAAAAAGUUCAAAUCAAAUCUGAUGAAGAAGUUUCAGUGUUUGAAUGGAGUGAUAAUAAACCUGGGAACCCAAACACUCCUGAAUGAGAUCUACACAGAGCUCUACAUCACAGAGGGAGACAGUGGACAAGUCAAUAAUGAACAUGAGGUGAGACAGAUGGAGGCAGCAUCCAGGAGAAGAACAACAGAGGAAACACCAAUCAAAUGCAAUGACAUCUUUAAGCCUUUAUCUGAACAAGACAAACCCAUCAGAACUGUGCUGACAAAUACAUCAUCUAAACAAGACAAACCCAUCAGAACUGUGCUGACAAAUACAUCAUCUGAACAAGACAAACCCAUCAGAACUGUGCUGACAAAUACAUCAUCUAAACAAGACAAACCCAUCAGAACUGUGCUGACAAAGGGAGUCGCUGGCAUCGGAAAAACCGUCUCUGUGCAGAAGUUCAUUGUGGACUGGGCUGAAGGGAAAGUAAAUCAGGACGUCCACCUCAUAUUUCCACUUCCUUUCAGAGAGCUGAACUUGAUGAAGGACCAGAAACUGAGCUUGAUGGAGCUCCUUCAUGUGUUUUUUAAGGAAACAAAAGAAACAGAAAUGUCCAGUUUGGAAAAGGUUCUGUUCAUUUUUGACGGAUUGGACGAGUGUCGUUUUCCUCUAGAUUUCCAGAACACAGUGAGAGUGUGUGAUGUAACUGAAUCAGCAUCAGUGCCUGUGCUGCUGAUAAACCUGAUCAAAGGGAAUCUGCUUCCCUCUGCUCUCAUCUGGAUCACCUCCAGACCUGCAGCAGCUGAUCAAAUCCCCUCUGAGUGUGUGGAUCGAGUCACAGAGGUACGAGGGUUCAAUGACCCACAGAAGGAGGAGUACUUCAGGAAGAGGAUCAGUGAUCAGAGCCUGGCCAAUAACAUCAUCACACACCUGAAGUCAUUAAGAAGCCUCUACAUCAUGUGUCACAUCCCAGUCUUCUGCUGGAUUACAGCCACUGUUCUAGAGAGAAUGUUGGGUGAAGCAGAGAGUGGAGAGAUCCCCAAGACUCUGACUCAAAUGUACACACACUUCCUCAUCAUUCAGACAAACAUCAUCAGAGAAAAAUACUCAAAGAAGCAGGAGAGUGAUGAAGAAAUGCUUCUUAAACUGGGACAACUGGCUUUUCAGCAGCUGGAGAAAGGGAACCUGAUCUUCUAUGAUGAAGACCUGAGAGAGUGUGGUAUUGAUGUGACAGAAGCAGCAGUGUACUCAGGUGUGUGUACUCAGAUCUUCAGAGAGGAGUUUGGGCUUCACCACAGUAAAGUGUACUGCUUUGUUCAUCUGAGCAUUCAGGAGCAUCUCGCAGCUCUGUAUGUGCACCUGACCUUCAUGAAGGAGAAGAGAAAUGUUCUGAUACAGAAUCAAGAUGAUAAACAUUGGAUGAAAGAAAAUACAAUCUCAGAUGUACACAUCAGUGCUGUAGAUCAGACUUUAGAAAGUCAGACUGGACAUCUGGAUCUUUUCCUUCGCUUUCUUCUGGGUCUCUCACUGGAGUCCAAUCAGAAACUCUUACAUGUUUUAGUAACACAGACAGGAAGUAACCCUCAGAGCACACAGGAAACAGUUCAGUACAUUAAGGAGCAGAUCAGUGAAGAUCUUCCUACAGAGAAAUCCAUCACUCUGUUCCACUGUCUGAAUGAACUGGGUGAUGAUUCUCUAGUGGAGGAAAUCCAACACUUCCUGAAAUCUGGAAAACAAAGUGAACUUUCUUCUUCCCAGCUUUCUGCUCUGGUGUUUGUGUUACUGACAUCAGCACAGGAGCUGGAUGAGUUUGACCAGAGUAAAUAUUUCAGUACAGAUAAGAUAACAGAAAAAGUUGUUCUGAAGAUGAUGCCUGUGAUUACAGCAUCCAGUAAAGCAAUUAUCAGCUGUGAUUCACUUGGAGUAAAAAGUUGGUCACCUCUGGUCUCAGCGCUCAGAUCAGAAACCUCCAAACUGAGAGAACUUCAUCUGACUGUGAAAACACUGGAUCUGUCUGGGAAUAAACUAGGAGACUCAGAAGUGAAGAUUCUCUGUGCUGGACUGGAGAAUCCUCACUGUAAAGUGGAGACACUGAAGUUGUAUAGGUGUGAUGUCUCAGAUGAAGGCUGUGCUGCUCUGACUUCAGCUCUGAGAUCAAACCCCUCACACCUGAGAGAACUGGAUCUGACCUGUAAUAAACUAGGAGACUCAGGAGUGAAGAAUCUCUCUGCUGUACUGGAGAAUCCUCACUGUAAACUGGAGAAACUGUGGUAAGAUCAUCUCUCUGAGCAUCACAUGACCUUCUCCUCAGUAAGACACAUUCUCUAAUAGUGAGACUGAAGCAGAAGUUUUAGGUUCAUCAUCAAUGUCCUGAGGAGGAAGAUUGUUUCUUUUCACUGCACACUGAUGAUUUCUCACAGACUCUGAUGUAACUGCAAUGUGUCUGAAAUUACUGUGAAAUUUACUAAAACAUUGGAACUAAUGACACAAACUGGAGCUGGGACACAAACUAAAUGUACUGUGUGAGCUGCAGGGUUUAAAAGCAGCACUGACAUGGAAAUGAUGGAAAUAAAUAGAACUUGGAGACUAAACUUACACAAGAGUCUCUGGUCAGCUCACACUAUCAGAAUAUAGAAUUGAUGGAUUUACCCUCCAUCAGGGGGCAGAAGGGCUGCAUGAUGAAGGUUAAAAUGAUCAUCAAGAGGCAGUUAUCUGUCAGCUAUCAGCUUUUUUAUUUCACUUAUAAACAGAAGAGAAAUAAAGAAGUUCUGUGUAUUAUAAUAUAAGAAGAUGUAAAAUUGUGUUCAGUGUACAAGUGGGUCUGUUUUACACUCUAACUGUUAUAAUAAAAUUAAAUUGUAAUAAGACUCCACUGUAGAAAACAGAAUGAUUCAGAGCUGAAUGAACUAAACCUACACUAUACAUGUCAGUAUUUGUACUAUACAUUUGUGUUGUCAAGGUUUUAGUUAGAAACACAAGUCUAUCAACAUGAUCCAGCUUUAGUGAGGACCACAAGAGAGGAACAAUAUUCCCCCAGUACUAAAAGCCCUCUCUGAAGGGGAACCUACACCUGACCUAAAUGAUAUUAAAAACUGGACACUGCUGAGUUUGUUAUUCAGAGAUUAUAAAUUACUCCCCAAGGUUUUGGCCAACAGACUGAGUGAAGUGUUAGAACAAGUCGUCCAUCGUGAUCAGACAGAUUGUGUCCCAGGAAGAUGAAUGUUUAUAAUAUUUCUGUUAUCUGGGAUCUUUUAGAUAUCAGUAAGAGUCUUAACCAGAUUUUGGUCUAGUGUCAGUAGACCUAGAAAAGACUUUUGACCGAGUCGAACACAACUAUUUAUGAAUGUGUUCACAGCAUUUAGUUUUAGUCCUGAUUUUGUUUCCAUGAUAAAGGUUUUGUACAGUGAUGUUGAAAGUCUACUGAAAGUUAAUGGUGACUUAUGUGGUUCCUUAUAAAGUUUAUAGAGGUGUUAUAAAGGUUGUGUCUUGUCUGGUGUGUUGUAUACUUUAGUAAUAGAAAGACUUUUAAACAAGUUAAGAACAGAUUUGUACUGAUUAUAUAUUCUGAAGUUCACAAACCUGUUUAUCAGCUGAUGAUGAUGAUGAUGAUGAUGUUUUAAUUAAAUCAGAGGUAAGUUUGAUGUUGGAAAUAUUAAAACAAUUUAAAAACAUCUCUGUUACAAAAGUAAAGUGAUAUAAAUGUAAACCCAUGGAUGUCCAUAUUGUUUACAGAGUUAAAGUGUUUCAUGCCUUUCUGCAGUGUAAUAGAUGAACAUUUAUUGUGUUCUAGUCUAUUUGAUGUGAGGAAACUUUCUCACUAGAAAUCUUUAUUUGUGGUUUCUGU